GUACUGACCAAAUAGUACGAAAAUGCGGCUAGAUGUCAGAAUGGGUAAACAAAAAUGGCGGAAGAAGAUGAGGAUUUUGACCACAGGUUAGAGAAACAUGACCUGAUCAAUGGACUAAAGUCGAUAGUUGAGGGCUUACUAGCUACACACACCAACAACGUAUGGAACACCUACGGCGGACUGCCGCGUGUGUGUAAACAAGUUGAGCUUAUCCUUCACCACGGCCUCAAAAGUACACAGGGGGAUUUUGGCAGUCAGCAGGACUUUUGGCCAUUUGUUCAGGGAUUGAAACGUCUCAACCCCGUCCUUGCUCCAGCUAUAGAAAAAAUCAACCGCCGUUCCCUGUCUUCACCGGAAACAAGCAAGGGACAUAGAUGGGUUAGGGAGAGUCUGAGUGAACAUAACCUGUCCAGCCUGUUAAAAACUCUCGUCAGUCAUAGGAAACACCUGGAAAAAUAUUACUAUGACCACGCCUUUUUGCGAUGUAAAGAUUACUACAGCUCGCUGAAUAUUUGUCUUCAGGCUGUGGAACAGAACAAGGUCGCUCUACUAGCUGAACUGGAUCUGGGUCUUUUGAACCAUGGGAGAACGUCAAGUGCUCCUGUAAUGAUGAGCAGUUCAGCGCCUGUUCCCGAACCUGCCAGGCGAAGUUCAUACCACCAGGGGGCGCUGGCACUUGCUCCUCCUUUCACGUCACCCAAGAGAGAAAGUAUCUUGUGUAAAUCGGAUGAAUACGCUCUACCAUCGAGCAUAGUUUCCACUGGUAGCCCUCAGGAAACUACAGCCUUAGCGAAAGAAGCUCUGAGAACAGUUCUACGAAAGUCAGGCUCAGAAUCCCCAACACACGAUACCCAUCUGUCCGACCCUACCGACGGACAGUUCAGUUUCUAUAAUAGCAUCAACAGUGACCCUCUAGGAAACAUGGACUUUAAUCAGGACCAGUCUGAUCCCUUUGAAACAGCUGAAGACUCUGAAAAUGGCAGCCAGCAAAAUAAAGUAUUACUUCGAAGUCAAUCAGAAAUGUUAAUGGAAGUGAGUAAAUCUGGUAUCCAAAUUGCAAAAAGUGACACUAAUUUGCCAAAGAAAAAAAUACGGACAAAGUGUAAACCAGAAGAUAUCUUCUCCGACUCGGAAAGCCGGUCGCAAAAGAAAGACUCAGAAAAUCUGGCAAAAUCCUCUCCGAGCAAAAAACUAGGUCAUAAAAGGUCAAGGUCAGAUAUUGGUGUUAAAAAUGUUGUUACUGAUUCUGUGGAUGGGAAGGUGCUGGAUUCUGACAAAGCUCAAACACUGGGAGGCAAUGGACACAGAAGUGACCAUCUGCGAAGAUCAGCGGCGCGAGAGGGCUACUUUCCCCAGCCCCAACAGGGCCAGUCCCUUAUUAAUUACCUUUCCUCUCAAGACUUUCACACCUGUGCUAACCUAGACAAGGAGAAUGCCCACUUCAGCAUUUCGGAGGCUCUCAUUGCUGCUAUAGAGCAGAUGAAAUGGAAUCACAUCAUCAGUCCUCACACUCACGAAGAGGAUGAGGGGGACUCGGAUGAGGAAAUCCAGGAACUCAAACAACGAAUCCGCGUACGCAAGCGAGAGCGCUUAAAAGAGAAAGGACGAGGUUUUCCUGCCUUCAGUGACGGAAGGACAGACACCACUACGAGUCAGAGCACUCCAUCUCCUCUCAGUUCUUCUGUUGACUCGCCCGACAAUCCAGACAGCUCUGAGUCAAGUGAUUUGGAUGAGGGAAGAAUAGAACUGACAAUGACGGAGGAUGUGAGCCAGAACCCAUCUAACCUGUCGUUGUUAUCGUCACAAGGCUUAUCUUUAUCUCUAGCCUCCCUGUACUCCGAUGCAGAUAUACAGAAAAGUAACACAAGUGUAGAGAAACAAAGCUCCUUGGAUAGCGGGUUUGUAUCCCACUCAGCAGAGUCAGUGGCCAUCUCUUUACUGAAGAAAUUCACCGAGAAACAGUUGCCGAAGGCGUCCGACUUACAAUGGCUUGUCCCUGAGUGCGACGCUCCACAAAAAUUACUUCCCCUUCCAAAUUCCUACCCCAUAUCACCAGAUGAUGGAGAGAAUGCCGAACUUCUCAAGUCAAAUUCAUUGAAGACGAGGCUGCGUGGUAACUUAGAGUGGGCCCCUCCCCGACCACAGAUAAUUUUCAAUAUCCAUCCAGCACCAAAAAGAAGUACCAUAAUGGCAAAACAAAGUUACAUGUGUGCAGGGUGUGGGAUGCGGGUAGAGCAAGGAUACAUAAGAAGAUUCCGCUAUUGCGAAUAUCUUGGAAAGUACUUCUGUCAGUGUUGUCAUAGUAACAGUUUAUCAUACAUACCAGGAAGGAUAUUAAGACGAUGGGACUUCAAAAAAUAUUACGUUUCUAAUUUUUCCCGGGAUUUGAUUUCACGAAUAAUUGGUGAUCCAUUGUUUAAUCUGACUGACAUAAAUUCUAGUCUGUAUCGCCGAGUCCGCGCCUUGGACAAUAUUAAAGACUUAAGAACCCAGCUGACACAUUUGAAAAAUUUCCUAAGGAUUUGUAAAAGUGCUUCCAAUGUGCUGGGUGAGGUAGAACAACUUCAAGGUCAUUGGACAGAUGAUAUUCACCUUUACUCUCUAUCUGACCUCGUACAGGUGAAAUCUGGUGAGAUGCUGACUCAAUUGAGAAACAUUGUGAACAUCUCCAUGGUCCACGUCCAAGACUGUCCGUUUUGUCAAGGCCUGGGUUUUUUCUGUGAGAUGUGCCAUGAUAAAGAAGUGAUAUUUCCAUUUGAGCUACAAAAAGUCACAGUGUGUCCAGGUUGCAGGGCAUGCUACCACAAGCAAUGUUUUGUUCCUGACAAAUGUCCAAAAUGUGCAAGAAUUGAAGCAAGGCGACUGAGAUUGGCAAAAGAUGCUUCGACUGAUAUAGAAGAAAUGGAUGAGCAAGAUGAAAUUGAUGAUGGAUGAUAUUGUUAUCGAGUUUGACGAUGGUGUGAAUUUGAGCAAAACAAUUUGUGAUAUUAACUGUGAUAUUAUGCUGAAUGAGAAUGAAUUAACAGAUUGUCAAAAUAUUUAUUUGGGUGUUCAUGUAUGAAGGAAUAUAGAUAGCAAUAGGUCCAUUUAGCUUUACAUAUUAUGAUCCUAUUUCAGUUUUCAAUCCUUUUUAUUAAAGCACGUAUCACAUGAUGAGGGACACAUAUAUAUUAAAAGCAUUUUGACAUGUUUGUAAAAUAAACGUGUUUGUCUUUGAAUGCAGCUAGCAUCCAAUAGGCAACUUAGUAGAAAUGUGAAAGCAUGGCAAUUAUUUAUAUACAUUUUCUUCAGGUUGGUAAGUAAGGAUUAUGAAAAGGUUCUUGUAACACAACCAAUAAAUGUUUCUAUGUGACGUUUUCGAUGACUAGUAUAUGGUAUGUACACUGUCACCUUCAUCAGACAAAGUAAAUUGUGUACUCCUUGUCAACAAAUCGAUGUGGACUUGGCUACGGUGUAAGCGUAUGUGCAAUUAGUGAUUAUAUAUGUACCAAAAUGACUCCAUUCAGCUAUGCUUUGUUUAAUACUUGGUCAUAGAUGUGCGAGAGUCUAUGAGCCCCCUCAUCUCAAUUUAGAACUGGCAAUUAUGUAUCCUUGUUCACCUGAAACUGAUCAUCUUCUGGAAUGUUUGUUUACAGUUACUUAUUUGCAGAAAUAUACUACCAUGUAAAGUGAAAAUUAAUUAUUUACAUAUUGUUGUGAACCAAAAUGUCAGGAUAAAAAAAACACAUUUUGGUCAAGAAAUUAUCAAAAGUAAUGUUCAUAUUCAUCCAGCAUCUACCAGCUUUUAUCAACAAAAUAUUCAUAUUUUAUUUUUGACAGUUCCUGAUAAGGGAAGGGUGCCAAUUUGACCUCCCUUAUUUCAACAUAAGAGCAAUAGUUAUAUUUCCAAUAUAAAGUUUUGAACUUUCCAUGAAUUCUUCAUGUGAAAUCAAAUUCAAAAGAUGGUGCCAACAAAAUAACCCCAACCUCAGUUUUGAGUCAUUUGUAAGAAUGGGUCUCAAAGCUAACAUGUUAGUCCAAGCAACGUUCACCUCUCACUCUGUUUAUUGGUUUCUUUGUUUGAAUACACUUCAAUUCUCAGGUAGUUCUUGGGUCACCUUUUGUUUUUACCAAAACUUGAUGAUGAGUUUACCUUGCAUAUCAUUGUGUUCACCUAUUAUACCCGCAAACAAAGUCUUUGGGGUGUAUAGGAAUAUCUGUCUGUCUGACUGCAUGCUAGCUGUCUGUGGUCCUUUUAAGUGCUACUUUACCUGAACAGGAUGUUAGAUUUUUUUGUAACUUAACGCAAUGAAAGUGCAUUGUAUGUAGAUGUGAAUGAAGAAAGGAAUUGGGGUUUUGACUAUUUUUAUACACCCGUCGAAGACGGGGACGUAUUAUGUUAUCACAUAUUAUUAUG